UUUGGACAAUGAGCGUGCGUGUAAACGACGUCGUUUCAGCAGCGUUCUGAAUUUCGAGGGAAGCCAAUUUCACUAGUUCGUCAUAUGAUCUGAGUUUCCACUUUUACCAGUCUCUCACAGGAACAAUUUCAAUGGCCGCACUUCGUAUCUUAAACAGGAUUAGGAACUGUAAUCAUAAUUUAUUAAACAAAAACUACGAUAACCAUUACCGUUCAAUUUCCACUACACUGCACCUUCAAAGUUCAUGGAUAAACAAGGUCAAAAACGUCUUCACAGGCCAAAAAUCCGACGGCGGACAAGUAGACGCAUCUCAAUUCACCUCCGAAUCAUUCACCUUACUCCAUUUUGCUGAUGAAAUGAAGAAAGCAAGAAAAAUUGGUACGUUUAAAGAUUACAUGGUUGGAAGAAGCAGUGAAGUUACUUUUACUACUGCAUUUGAGAAAUACGAAGCUAUUAUUCGAUAUCUCGCUGCUUUCGAUUACACCGGAGAGAAUCUGAAGACCAGUCAAAAACAAGAAGCUGCGAAACAUUGUAAUUGCACGAUUGCUGAUGUGGAGAAUGCACUUGCAAAGUUUACUUGGGCUAAAGAAGCACAGAAGAAGAUUCUUGAGUUAAACAAAGAAGGAAAACCCAUGCCAAAAAGCAUUGCUGAACUCCAAAAGCUGGUCGGUACAAAUCCAUUGGAUCUUGCAAGGUCUAAUUUGGCUCAAAGUGGACAAGUUAGCAGGAAUGCCCCCUGUCCAUGUGGUUCAAAGAAGAGAUAUAAAAGGUGCUGUGGAAAGGAUUGAAAGAAUUCAGAAGCUAAGUAUUAGACUUCAAGGAAGCCUUGUCUAUUAGAGGUGCACACAUAUGGUUGAAUGGAUCAACACUCGUACUGUUUUAUUUGGUUCGGAUGAAGCUGCCCAAUGCACUAGACUGCAGACAUGCUCAAACUAAGCUGAUGUUAGGAUGGGAUAUUUUGCCAAAUAGUUGCUCUAGUUUGUUAGUCUUUACAAUUUUUGAGGUGUAUUUGGGCAGAAGUAAUCGCAAUAUUUUUGUUUAGUUCAGGAGUAGUUUUUUUUUUUUUUUUGACAAUUUAGUUCAAGAGUAAUUAGUUAGCUCUAUUCUUUCCCUUCUGCCUUAAUAGGCAAGAGAAUAAGAACAAAAUUGUUGAAGCAUAAUUUAAUGUUGAUGCUCUGUCCUCUCAUUUUGGUCUUUUGUUGAUCCAAUGUGUAAACUAGUUUUGAAAAUUAACAUAUUUCAAUUCCAACUCA